UUUCCCCGGUAUCGCCAGUAGUUAGACGGACGGUUGGCACUAAGUGGUGAAGUUCUACAAUUAGAUUUAAAAGUGAAUACAAGCAAUUCAUAAUAAGUUAAAAUAAAUCAGUAUGAAAUUUAAAAAUAAUUGCACGAUCAUUUGGUAAUUGUUGAGUGAUCUGUAGUGCGACAUAAGCUCAAGAGUUUGAACUGGUUCCGACAGCCAUUACGCUCGCAGAUUCAACUUGGCAAAUAAGUUUCACAUAUAUAUACAUAUGUAUAUGUAGUUCGAAAUAAUACUAAUAAGCUUAUGUUUGUGUUAAUAUUGAAUUUGUGUUUGUACGAGGCACAACGAAGAGUGAUCGUGUUAAAUUAAUGUCUAAUAAAAAUUAAAAUAGAAUUAAAGAUGGCCGCCAAAAUAUCAGUCAAGUUGCUAAGAUCUUAAGAGAACCAAAUAUAACUACGUUACACCUGUUAAUAAAAAAUCAAACAAAAUAACUAACCACAGUAUCUAUACACGAAAAUUGUCUUUCUACAAACAUGAUAAAGGCAACAAAAGAAGCACAAACUUCAACACAAUCGAUCGGCAAAAGCAACUAGCAAGUAAUCAGCUGCUUAAGUACACGUGGUUACAUAUGUAUUAGUGAUUUGUAGACCACUAUCACAAACCAUCGUUUAGCAAGACAUUCAAGUUGAUUUUAUUGGGAUAAAUUGCCGAUUGCCAACGACCGAGUUUCAAGCUCUUCUUAAUUAAACAACCAAACAAAUAAGACAACGGAGAGUAAAAUGAAAAGAUAUUGCACAACAUUAAACAUAUUUUGAUGAAAACUCACCAAUUCACCGCAACCCGCCAGCAACCAAUUUGCGCUAAUUAAUCAACGAAUGAGGCUUGAACUUUUCCAUUUACCCCAAGUUCAACCUGCCUAAAAUAUAUUCGACUGCGAUUAUGGCUGAGUCCGGCAUAAACAUGGAUUUCGAUCUUGAAUAUUUUCCGAUCGAAGAUUUGGAUUUACUUUCUACUGAAGUGCAAGUUGCUGGAAGAUCGGAUAAUGUUGAAUUCUAUGAAUUGAAGGCAGCUACCCGUUCUGUACGAUUCGAUGACAUCCCUACAUUCAAAACUACUGUUCCAAAAUCACGAACCCAACUUAAACAACAAUUGCAACGUGAGCAGCAACAGCAGGAGUUGGAGCGUCGUGAGGCAGAAAAAAGAGCCACGGCUGCAGCUGAAGUUGCUGCACUACAACAGCAAGUGGAAUCUUAUAUAACACAGCAGAUACCAAAUUUAAACAAUAGCCAUCAGUUGCAUACCCAACAUAUGAUGGGUAAUAAUAAUAGUGGGGGUUAUAGACCAGCACCCAAUAGUUUUGGAACAAAUUUCAAUGAAGUUCAAGGGAACCAACAAAAUUAUUUUACUCAUCCUCCAUCAGCAACUUCGUCUGGGACAAGUUCUAGUCCGGUUAUGUUGAAGGGGCCUCUUCAAAGUAUCGGUGUUGAUGUCCCAAAACAAGUUUUACAGGUACGAACAGUUUUAGAAAAUCCCACCCGUUACCAUGUCAUUCAAAAGCAGAAAAAUCAAGUUCGACAAUAUUUAAGCGAAUCUUUUAAAAAUGAAUGUGAAAACAAAACUAUACCCAACACUACAGCAAUGCCAAAUAUAAAUCGUGAAUCCAAUCAAUCUCCUAAUUUUCUUAAUAUUUCAAAUUUUGGUGGAUCCAAUGGAGGAACAGACAUAACCACUAGACAUUCUCCACAAUUACUACUCACUUCGAAUGCAGUAACUCCCCUUCUCGAUGAUCAUAUGCAAUUAUCACCCUCUUCAUAUGGUGUAGAUGGUGCAAGUAAUAAUAUGACAACUGCUGGCAGUUGUCAAUUUUUUCUUCCAAAUGACCAAAGUUCGGUAAAAAGUUUUGGAGGUGAUAGCGCGUACAAGAAUUCAAUUGGCGGUAACUCCUCAAGUUUAACGGGUGGCAAGAAUUGCGUAAUGGGUGUAACAAAUGGUUUAUCCCUUGGGGGACGUUCAUCUGGACCAGUAAAUUCACUAAGAAAUGCAAAUUGUUCUAAUGUAUCCACUGCUAGCCCAGUCCAAUCAGCACCAAUGUCACCUUUAAGUUCCGUAGCAACAAGUGCAUCCGAAGCGGACGAUUGUCUGUUUGAUGCAGAUCUAAAAUUCGAUAACUUCUCAUCGGAUUUGGCUAUAAAACAAGAACCACAAUCCCUCACUGAUGCAGAAAUGCAUGCAUUAGUUAAGGACCGACAGAAAAAGGAUAACCAUAAUAUGAUUGAGCGAAGAAGACGUUUUAACAUAAACGACCGCAUUAAAGAACUGGGUACAUUACUACCAAAAACUAACGACCCAUACUACGAAGUUGUACGUGACAUACGUCCAAACAAGGGCACAAUACUUAAAUCAUCUGUCGAUUACAUCAAAUGCCUUAAACAUGAAGUUUCGCGGCUAAAACAAAAUGAGCUACGCCAACGUCAAAUGGAAAUGCAAAAUCGAAAGCUUUUGAAUAGAAUAAAGGAAUUGGAAAUGCAAGCUAAGUCACAUGGAAUACCAUUAAGUGACUUUAAUUUAACAUCAGUGUCAGCACCAGCACCGACAUCUUUCCUCAAAGGAACCAGUCCUGCUUCACCAUUGUCACAUAAUAAUCAUUCAACAUCCUUAAUUCCGGACAUGGUAGAAAAGUUAUCUGUUAUAACAAGUGAAGCCAGCCUCAGUAUUACUCCAAUAGAUGACCUUAUGGAAGAUAGCAAGCAUCCUGUGCAAUGCGGUGAUCCUUUGCUGUCAUCAAACAUUAAUCACUUUUUCUCAGCAGCACAUUCGCCAACAGCAGCGCAUCUGCAAUGUUGCAAUAGUUUCGAUGGCAAUGAUUGUAUUGGUGACAAUGCCCACGACUGUCAUAAUCCCAACUGCCAAAAUAACGCAAACUCACUAGAUGACCUCUAUCAAAACACCGUUACUUCGUCCGCGUCAACAGGGACACAUAUAAAUGGUAACUGUUGCAGUAGCAAAAGGAAAAAUAUGGGUAAUUCAGUAUGCUGCUUAACGACAAGUUGUCAUCAACCCAAUCAUAACCAUCAUCAUCAACAACAACACCACCAUCAACAACAACAACACUCGCAGCAGGAAAUGAAACAUUGCUGCGACAACAAUCACUACUUAAAUCACUCGCAACAUCAAAUGACAUCCAUGGGCAAUAAAAACGAUAUCAGUUGCCUCUCCAAGUCACCAUCAACUUUGCAACACGGUAGAGAUCCCCUGUUAUCUUCCUCGCACCACCAACACGUGGAUCAAAACCUUAACGGCUUGGAGUCAUCAUCUCUUCAACAUCAUAACCAUCAUCUGCAUGACGACGAACAUCAUGUUGGUGCAUCACACGCUUCUGAUGAUUUAUCUAGUGCAAUGAUGAGUGAUUCUCUUUCACUAGUCUCAUCAGCUACAAAUGAUCCUAUGCUAUUAUCGCCUGAUUCCUUGGACAUAGACUUGGCAUGAUAAAAUGGCUAACACACAAAUUUUAUUUAUAUUACCUACGAAUGUAUUCUAUAAUAGAACAAAAAUGAAGGCACUACAGCUUGUGCAUCAGAAAAGUAUAAAAUACGUCUCUUACACAAUGUAUGUAUGCUUAUAAUAUGUAAGUAACACAUAUGUGUGCAAAUCUAUAUGUAUAUGUACAUACUUAUGUACGUACGGACACAAGUCAUUGCAAGUAUGUAUAUACAUUGUUGAUUUAUUUUGUUUUUCUUUUCUUAUCAUAGGAGCAUAUAUUGCAUUGUUGAUUGUUACAAUUACAUAUUACAUAUUAAGACAACAAAGUUUUAGAUUGAAAAUUUACUUAAAAGCAUACGUUAAUACAAAAUACAUAACUGUUUUUGUGUAUUAGAUUACUUAUGUAAAAUAUUGUAUUAUUACAAAAUAGUGUAUUUCCUUAUAGGCAAACAGAUUUUUAAACUUUUAAGCGUACAUUGAAUUCAGAUGUUAUAAUAUGGGGCAAUGUUACCACUGAAACUGUUUGAAGAGAUCGGCAUGUUUAUUUUAGUCAUAACUUUAUCAAAUUUAAUCACAUUAAAGGAAAGGCCAAUUAAUUAAUUUUAGCCCGUUCAUUUGAAUAUGAAAAAUGUUGUAAUUAUUGUUGUUUUUUAGAAUUAAUUAAUGAACAUACCUACAUUUAAAUUAGGCAGAAAUAUUGAGAAUAAUCUCGAAGUAAUGUCACUUUUAGUCCAUAUUUAGUAAUUUAUAAAAAUUAUGUUAACAUAGAAGAUUCACGAGAUGUAGAUUUUAUUGAAGUAUUAAAAGUAAUUUUCUUCUUUUAGCAAAUUAACAAUGUACAAAAACAUACUGAAUUGAUGAACAGUGUGAAGCACUAGAUAAAUGCCAAGAUACACACAUCUGUGUUAAGAAAACACCCCAAGGUA